GUGAGCUCCGGUGCGGGGAGACGUGGUGUCCGAGCCCUCGAGGGCCCGUCAGCAGGUGCGGUGUGAACGUGAGUGCCUGCAGAAGCUCGAAGCGCUCCGGGUCCUGCGGGAAUUGUCCUUCUGUCUUUGUACAAUAUUGUUGAUGGGACAAAGAAGUGGGCGUCAAGGAAGAAGCAAGAAAUUAGAGCUGACACUAAGUGAGACCAUGAAGGCAGAAGCAGAAGUACACAAUAAUGAAGAGGAAGCCAAAGACCAGAGGCUAACAUCAGUCUUUGGUGUGGCAGACUUAAAAAAUGGAGCUGUUGGACUGUACAACGUUGGACAGAGCUGCUGUCUGAACUCUCUGCUCCAAGUGUUUCUCAUGAAUAUACACUUCACUGGGAUACUUCGAAGGAUCACAGUGCCACCAUGUGCUGUGCAGAAGAGGAGGAAUGUCCCAUACCAAAUGCUCCUGCUGUUGGAGGAGAUGCAGUGUGGCAAGCGGAAAGCUGUUUCUCCCAUAAACCUCGCCUGCUGUCUUUCAGCAUACAGAGUGAAAUUGUUUGUGCAGUAUGAUGCUGCCCAGCUCUUUCUGACUCUCUGGAACUUGAUAAAGAGGCAGAUGAAAAAGCCAGAGCUGGUUGAAGAGCUGAGUUACUUGUACACUAUCUGUGUACAGGAGCACCUGGCCUGUCAGAAAUGCUCUUCUGAAACAAAGAGGAACAGCAGCAUGUUAACCCUUCCACUCCCAGUGUUGGAUUCCAAUUCUGACAUGCUGAAGACGCUGGAGGACUGUCUGCAAUACUUUUUCCGUCCAGAAGAGUUGACUGAUCACAACAUGUGUUUCUGUGAACAGUGUGGAAGGAAAACACCUUUUUUGCAGAGCAUGAAGCUAGUCCAUCUGCCACAGACUCUGACCAUACACCUAAAGCGCUUCUGCUUCGAAAAAUCAGCCUACGUUCACAAGCUUAGUCACUAUCUGCCAUUCCCACAAGACCUUGAUUUCAAUGCAAUCCUGACAGAAGAUCAGUGCCAAGCAGAUGACAAUGAAAAGGCUACCUGGCAGUAUGAGCUUUUUGCCGUUGUUGCUCAUUCAGGAUCAACUAGUUGUGGACACUACUGUGCCUAUAUUCGAAGUCUCACAGAAUGUAAAUGGUAUUGCUUCAACGAUUCUGAGGUUUGCCAGGUAUGGUGGGAUGAUGUUAAAUGCACCUAUGGACAUUUCAACCUCCACUGGGGAGAAACGGCCUAUCUCUUGAUUUACAUGAAAAAACAUCCUCAGUAGCCUUAACCAGGGGUAUCAGAAUGUCUCAGGAAGCUGUGCGUUGUCCAUGGAGCUCAGCACCUCUGUGCCAGUAUGGACGUGUACAAAUGUUCCACAAGAAAGACGUUCUGCACUCAGUGACAACUGCCUUCACAUUUAUUUGUGAUCAGCUAGAGAAAGGACCUGAGAAAGGACCUAAGAAAGAACCUAGAAACUUUUUCUUUCAUACAUUUUUGAUAUUUAUGUGAUUCUGUAUAUUAAUUUCUUCUUAAAAGAUAGUAAAGUUAGUCCUAGUCUCUGUCGACUUACUGGUUUCUUUAAUGCUGAUGCCUAGGUUUCAGUACAGGGGAAGUGUUUGGCCUGAAAGCCUGCGUGAUGUUCCAGGGAGGCACACGGUAUGGUGGGAGAGCUGUGAUAGCCAUACCUAGCCAGGAAGACCGUAAGAGCUUGAGACUUACUCUGCCCUUUUAGCGCCAUGUUAGAUGCUGGCAGGCUGGGCAGGAGAACCCAAAAGUCUUGAGAAACAGCUGGAACAAGGACCAGAACCCUUAUGACACAUGCACCAGUGAAGUUUACUCCUUAAAACCUUCCUGAAAAUGAACCACUGCAGGGGUUGAGAUGUGUUUGAAAGUCAGUGUCAGCAUAAAGAGGUGUUUUUAGAUCAGGAGCUAUUGUAGUAGUUCUGAUUUACAAGAUGAGUUUGUAUAUAUUUAUGCAGAUGAUUAUUGUUUUAGCAUGCUUAUCAGGCAUUUAUAUGCAUUUUCUUUCCUGUAUAGAGGAGAAUAUUCAGGGCAACAGAGAUUCUGAAGCUAGCUAGUGAUUUUGCACAAUACACUUGCGAUAAGAGGAGAAGUGAGAUGCCUUCAUGUACUUGAACUGGGAUUUUCCUUUAGUACUCUUCAGCUGGUUGCCAGCUGGAAUUGUCUUGCUCUCUCCCUUCCUUCCCUGCCCAUGAAGUGGAAAUGUCCCUCAAGCAGAAAGUGUUCUGGAGGGAACAAUUUUAUAAAGAAAGUGAGUAAUUUUUAAAUCUCCUGUUGAGUCCUGUCACUCUGUGCUGUUGGUUCGGCCUGUGCUCCCAUGGCAAGACCACAGAGCUGGAGGGAAAGAUGAAGGAAGGCUGGUAACGUGUGACAAUCAGAAGAGUGUGCUGAAACCUCAUCACAAGACUCAGCUGUGAGGAAAGUUAAAAACUUUGGUUGUGAUGUUUUUAAAGCACUCCUUGUGGUAAGUUUUCACGUACCACAGUCUGUGAAAGGAUCAGUGAUUCCAGUAGUUUGAGAUCUAAAAGCACCUUCUAGCCUAACGUAUUCUUUGACUGUAUCUUUACAAGGGUGCUAUUUUUGUGGGACUCAGCACAUUUUAAAAUUACUAAUUUAGUUAUAAUAGUAGCUAUAUAUGACCUAAUUUUAUUUUGAUAAUGAUGAUGAAGUUCCCAAAUCACGUCCGUUUUCUGUUGGUAUGUGGAAGGUGAACUGAGAAAUCUUGGAGCAUAGCUGUGAAAUUACAUUUUGAUGAACUAGCAGGUGUUUAUUUUACUGUACUAGCAAGGUCUGUUGUUCUGUUCAACUCUCUUGUAUUUGUACUGUUCAUUCUGUGUUUAAAC